CUCUAAUUGCCACGAUAAAUUAAAAUAAUAAAAGGAUAGCAAAGACAUCAAAAAAUAAAUUUUACAAAGAGAUUAUUUGCUGAGAGUGGGUUUCCUUUAAUGAUCUCUUUGUUUUGCGAGGACGAGAAGAAUUAUAUAUUUUUUUGGAUGUUGUGUUCGUGUGCGCAAGAUGACCAUUUGUGAGAUUUUCCUCUCAUAUAGUUGGGUAUUUUUGCAUCCUUUCGCCACCUUCUGUGCCAGUUGUGUGCUGCCCGUGCUGGUGAUCGCAUCGCCACAAAGAGUCUGUCGCUCCUGAGAGUCUCAGCAUCUGCGGCCACAAUGUGGCUGCAAUUUUCUGCCAUCGCACUCACGUUUUUUCUCUUUGAAUUCACGGAGAAUGGGCUCGCGAAUCAAGAUGAUGCCCUUGAGAUUAUUUUUCGACAGAGAACACAGUCAGAUUGGGAGCGGGUGUGGCACCACGAGAGUCACUCGAGAUGUCGCGAGAGGCUCGUGAGGCACCUCUUCUGGGCCUGUGAGAAGGAUAUCUAUCGGCUGACACGGAGGAAUUCAGUGGCCACCACUUCUGGGGGAGAGAAUGGGGUGUCCAAGCGCCAAAAAACGAUGGAUUUCCCGUGGAUCGAGAGCUCAAAAGCGCUAAAUCUCCUGCGGAUGAGGCGCAAUCACCGAGGUCCUCACGGUGCCAGCAUUACACGGGAAUGCUGCACGCGAGUUGGAUGCACUUGGGAAGAAUACGCUGAAUAUUGUCCAUCGAACAAACGAAUGAACCGAAAGUAAUUUCCCUUUUUUUUAGAAGCAUUUUCUUAUUUCAAUUCAUCGCAACUCUGGGGGUUGGGAGUGUUCCUACUGCGGGGAAAAUCGUGUGUGCAUUUGGUGUCUAUUGCGCUUAAUAAAAGUGAUAAUUUUGGCAGAAAAA